AUGCGCCACCAUGUGGCGAAACAGUCACAAGCCUGCCACUUCAAGAAGGCUCUGGGUGAAUGCUUUGGCGCCUACCUGCGUUAUUAUUACGACCCCAUCCAUCAGAAGUGUAAGAAGUUCCACUGGACUGGCUGUGUGGGGAACGGAAACAGGUUCAUCGACCAUCAGGCCUGCAACGCCACCUGUGCUGGGAUUCAUGAUGAAGGUAGUGCGCUUGAGGAGGAUGAGCCCGAUACUCCUAUUGCCCUGAUUCUGGGAGUGGUGUUGGGGAUCACGGGAGGAAUAAUUAUUGGGGUCGUUAUUUUCCUGGUGAUACAGAGCAAUAAGAAUCACAAAAGUGCACCAAAGAAAGUGGAAGAAGUCAAGAUGGCGACACCACUGCAACAGGAGCCAAUUGAGAUGGCGUAGAGAAGCAGAACACAGGACUGGAAACACCAUAGAAAUGAGAAUGACUAGAACACAUGAUCCCAUUCAAGUCCACUUUCCAUUUUAAGUGUAGCCAUGCCAGUCAUUGUAUUUCUAGGGGAAACACCAGGCAGGGCCCUCACCUGAAUGGCCCCUCUCAGGUUGAUUUAAUAGAGGAAUGUAGAUCUACAACUAACAACCCUAAUGUCAUAUUUCCAUCAUGUGUUGUUAUCCGAUUAGUCACAAAUCCUUGUUUGUGGGUUGGAGGAGUGGACAAUGAGAGUCAUAUCUGCCUUCUCCUUCACUAAUGCAGGCCAGGCUAUUUUCCUCAUAGUUGUUUAAAAUGACUCUCAAUUAUCUUACACGUAUCAGGCUUUCUGCACUCUCGUCUUUUACAUUAUGACUUCUGUGUUUAUUUCAGGUAUAUUUGGUAACUACUCACAUCACCUCCACGGGGGCACUAUUGUUAAUGAAUUAGAUUACAGAAUGGUGUGCUUUUAUUGAACUCCUCAGUGGGCAACAGGGUUCUUCUGAUAUUCCGAUAGUUCUUCGUGUGGAAUGUGUGUUUUAUUUCACGUGCUACAUUCUGUUUGUGUUUUGGUCUGUAUAUCAACAUUCACAUUGGUUUUGUUCCAACUACUGUAUGUAACAUUAUUGUAAAGGCAUGAUGUGAGAAAGAACCAAAACACUGUUUAAAAAUAUAUAUAUUAUGGGAUUGAGAUAUCAUCCUUCAACAUGUUUUACCCACAGAAAUAGAAUGAAUAGAACGGUCGUCCCCAUUCAAGUAAAUUGUGCCAUUAUGGGACUGAGAUGAUAUCAUCCCCCUGGACUGGCAGCCAUUUUGAGUGUACCGAUAGGAGCAAAGCAGUAAAUAAAAGCAGGAAGUAAAUAAAAGCAGGAAGUAAAUAAAAGCAGCGAGUCAAUCUGUGCUGUGAUGUUGUUGUGAAUAUACAUUUUUCCAUAUACAUU